CAGACGUCCAAGCUCUUCCAUCCUGAAACAUGUGCUUCUACGACCAACACAGGUUCAUCUGCGGUGACUGGAAGUGGGGCCACUUCCGACAGCACUGCGCCAAGGAGUACCGAAUCGGCGAGACGUGUGGUAUGAAGCUCAUCAUGCAAACAGUUCCUACUGGAACUUACUGCAAGCUCUGCGAGAAGAUCAAUACCAAGAUGCGCCGCCGAGCCGCUGAGGUGGACCGCAUUGGGCGGUGGCAGCGGGAGCCUCACAAGUUCGGAGCUUCGAUCGAGAAAUCGAUGGAGAUGAUUCGCAGUCUGGAUGGCGAAAUCAAUGAGCUGUCCUGCGAACGUAACCGCAGACUGCAGGCAAUUCACUGAGGUUACAGUGGGCAUGGCGCGGGCGUUUGGGAAUCUGUUUCAUCUACAACGCUUCGGUGUUUUCUUUCAGAUUGAGGCCAUUCAUUUUUCGUCUCCGGAGGCGGAAUGAUGCAGGCAGAGCUGGCAUUGAGCGAUGGCAUACGGAACAGGGAAGGCCGGGCGUUACCUCUUACAGUCGCUUCUUUCUAUUCCUGAGCUUCUGGUUGUUUAAUGAUGCAAUGAACAUUACCAAUUCACUUGAUUGGCUGCGUGCUCA